CUACGGCGGUCUCUAGCCAAGUUAGUUGACGAACAUUCGAGUGACGAGGGAUCACCCGACGCUGUCUCCGAGGGGGUAGAGGAAGUACUCGUGCCCUCGACUACAGGCACACCUCCUAAGCGUUCGGUCCAUAUCACUUUCCGCAGUUCGAUGCACCCGAAGGUUGAUCUCAAAGCCAGCCGGGCCUAAAUCGCGGCCGAAGCGGCCCGCCAAACGACCAGCUCCGUCACCACCUUUCCUUCAGGUACUCCAAGAACGAGUUUCCAUUAAGAAGAUAGACUCUUAUCCCGUUGGAAUUGUGCAGGUUCCUCCCAAAAGGGCCACCCCUUUAUCCUCAAUCGCCCCGGAAGCAGAAUCGCCUUCAUGGACAUCACUUGCUCAGGCUUUCCGCGCGGAGUUAGGCUCUGAAGCCGCCGCCAAGUAGACAAAGCGAUCUGUUUCCCCUCCGUCCUCUUUCCAGGUAAGCGUUAAAAGAUCAAUAUAUGUCUGACUCCGCGAAUUGUUCUAACUGAUGGAAGCAUGAAGGUUUCUCAUGAAGUUGCAACUCCGGAAGCGGCGACUGAAUCGGCCCGGACCCACUCCCUUGUCUCAGUCAAGCCUGAUAAUACCUGGAUGUCCGUUUCUCGGACCGCUCCUCUAGUCCCGGAAGUAGUUCCCGCCGACGUGGAGACAUAUUUCGCUCAAAGGCUUGUUACUGAUGCCUCUGCUCCUUCUAUCUUCGGGGAACUAGUUACGGAUCCCUUUGAUGCCUAUCAGUCUGCCCUACCGGAGAAUUCGUUCAUCCUAGACACCUUACAGGCAUUUGUCCUGACCACGGUUGCAUCCCUAUCGUCGGACCUGCAUCAUCACAGGAAACUGAAGGAUCUUGCAAACCGCUUAGGUGAGACCUCCGGGCACCUAAAGAUGUUGCAGGGUGUCCGCAAUAUGAAUGACAAUAAGCUUAAAGAGUUGGCGGCUCUAGAAGCAGAGAAGGCGACCUGCGCUCAGAGUUUUCUAGACGAGAAACAACGCACUGAGGAUGAGACGGCGUAUAUAGAGGGCCUUUGUGCUGAAGAAACAACUCUAUGGGCUUAAUUGAGCAGAAUUGAGGAGCGACUGAAGGAGAUCCCAUCGGAAUUGGCGAGGGUAGCUGCGAGUCUCGUCUCAAGGACUGCUCGGAUGAUAGAAAUGUACAAUCGUACGAGGGCUCUGGAUGAGCCUUUGUUGGGACUUCGCGGGCAAAAACUUGUCUUUGAGAAGAAUUUCCAGCGGGCUAAGAGAGGGUUCGAAGAACUGCGUUCGGCAUGGCCUAGCGUGAUGGCCUAGUGGAGUUCUUCGCACCCCGAGGCCCCCGGACCGGCCAACCUCCUCCACGAAUGUUGGUCCCUAUAGCUGGGGGAUCAUGCAUCGUAGAUGCGACGCCUGAACCGCCGGCUGAAGAUGCCUCUGCUGAUGGCGUUGGGCUCAUGGAUGUCCAUGUUAAUCAUGAUUAGGUCUGAGCGAUCCCCCCGUGGAUCAGUAGUUUGUCUUGCAUGUUGAUCGGUCCUUCGUGUAACUUGAAUUGAAUUGCCCUCUUCCCCUUUUUGUUUUUUUGUCUCUUUUGCACUGACCUGUAAGCGGCGGGGGGAACUAUUUCUGUAGAUGUUAACCCAACGCCGUAUCGGC